CUGUACUCCUUCUUAACAUUACGAGGAUAGCGAGGAUUAGUGAUCUGAUGGGAUAUGUUCCGAAGAGCACGUCUUAUAAUACAUAAGAAAAUGUAGUUGACUUCUUCUAUUAUAACUACACCGUAUAUACAACUCUUCCAAUUCAUCAAGAUAGUAAUGUAGCCAUGGCGGAUAACGGUAACAAGGUCGCACUUGUAGUUGGUGCAUCAAGGGGUAUCGGAAGGCAGAUUGCCAUCGACCUGGCGAAGAAUGGGUACGCCGUGGUCGUCGCGGCCAAGUCAAUAAGCGACGCCAAGAGCGUUACUCCAUUCCCGCCCGAUCCCAAUUCACCGCAAUCAACUAUCAGCACGGUUGAGCGGGAGAUAAUCGAGGCGGGAGGACGGGCGACGGCUAUCCCAGUUGACGUUAGGGAUUUCGCCAGUGUGCAGAAACUCAUCGAUAGGACAAUUGAGACUUACAGCCGUCUAGACGUCCUAGUCUACAACUCCGGCGCAAUAUGGUGGGCAUCAGUCGAAGACACGCCCAUGAAGCGCUUCCAACUCAUGCAGCGCGUGAACCCAGAAGGUCUCUACGGGACCGUCCAAGCAGCGCUCCCCCACCUAAAGAAAAGCCAUAGCGGGGGUCGCAUAGUCGUCGUCAGCCCACCAAUCUACAGCCGCUUCUUCCGCGGUAAGACAGCGUACGCCAUGGGGAAAAUCGGUAUGAGCGUGUUGACUAAGGGCCUCGCGAUGGAUUUCCAGAGGCAGGGAUUGGCAAAUAUGGCGAUUACUAGCUUAUGGCCGGCGGUGGCCAUCGAAUCCGCAGCAACGCGCAAAAUGACCCAAGCUAAUCCAUCCGAAGCGCGAGAUCUACGCCGCGCAACCGUAUUUUCGGACGCUGUCUUAGCAGUCCUCCGCGCCCCUACGUCAGCCGUCAACGGGCUUCUAGAAUUAGACGAAGACUUCUUACGCAGCGAAGUUGGCGGCAAGGUAACUAAUUUCGCGCGCUACUCUGUUGUCCCCGGGUCUGAACCGCGACGCAUAAUGCCGGCUGCGUUGCCAGAUCUAACGGUCGCGGAGCAGGACGACGAGGGUAAGAGAAUGGAUAGCGCAAAGGACAGAGGUGGAAAGGCGAAAUUGUGAAUAUUAGGGUAGUUGUAAUAGUGCAAUUUAUGCAACGGUAUCUAGAUACAUAUUAUAAAUAAAAAUAUAAACGUCUCCCCAAGUGGGAAAGUGGCAUAAA